AUGGAUACCAAAAUCAGCGAAACUCAGAAGAAUGAGGAGUUCUCUUCUGAGACUCCUAACAUGGUCUAUCAAGAAUCCAUUGUCGAGACGGGCGAGAACCACCACUUAUCCGGCGAAAAAGGCUCAAACAGGGUGAUGCCGUCGAGGCGAUCGGAUCAUGUGGACGACCCUCGUAACUGGCCCCUUUGGGGCCGGGCCUGGGUCGCCUUCUUGGUCUCGGCGAUGGGUUUCAUGGCCCAGGUGGGCUCCUCGCUCAUCAAUCCGUGUUACACUAUCAUGGCGGAGGAUAUGAAUAUUUCGGUCGAGCAGGCAUCGUACUGCACAACCGUUUUCAUGCUCUUCUCCGGGUUCGUCCCCAUGCUCAUUGUGCCGUUCUCCAACAUCUACGGCCGGCGAAACCUGUACCUGAUCUGCACCGUCAUUGCUGCGGCCGCGAACAUCGGGUCCGGGGCUGCGAAAUCGUACGGCGCCGUCAUCGUCGGGCGCGUCUUCUACGGCAUUGGUGGCGGUAUUCCCCUUGGCAUUGGUGCCGCCACCAUCUGCGAUCUCUUCCCUCAGUCCGAACGUGGCUUCUAUAUGGGUAUAUACACGCUCUGCGUCAACAACGGUCCGCACCUGGCACCCAUCGCAGGGGGAUACAUCGCCCUGAAUCUCAGCUGGCGCUGGUGCUGGUACAUCCCCGGCAUUAUCCAAGCCGGCUUUGUGGUCAUCCUGUUCUUCACUUUUCCGGAGACGCUUUUCUCGCGGACCGAUUUCAGCCGCCUGGAGAAGACGUCGUAUCUGAAGAAGUUAUUUUUCCACGGCAAGGUUCUGAGCGGACGCAGUGUCGUCUUUCCUAAGGACUUCCUCGCGCCGUACCGCAUGUGCAAGUACGUGGCUGUCAGUCUACCGGCCGUGUACUGGGCGACGGCGAACACAUAUGGCAGCGCCCUGUUUGCUCUCACCGGGUCAAGGAUCGCGGCGGUACAGUACGACUUCAACGUCGCGCAGACCGGCCUGCUCAUGGGCAUCCCACUGACCAUCGGCUGCAUGAUCGGGGAGACAAGCGCCGGCUGGGUAAGCGACUGGGCCCUCAAUGCGUAUGCGCGGCAGCAUAACGGGGUCCGCAAGCCCGAGAUCCGCCUGGCCCUACUGCCCGGGUGCUUGCUCCUGCUUGCCGGCGUCUUUCCGUAUGGGCCACUCGUGCAGGAGAAGAAGCCCUGGAUAAAUCUAGCCAUUUGCAUGGGUGUAACCGGCGUCGGAGUCCAGAUGGCAGCGACCAUGGUGUACACCUACACCACCGACUGCUACAAGCCGCAAUCGGCAGAGGUUGCCGCCAUCAUCAACGCGUACAAGUCGAGUGAGUUCUACCCCGGCAAUGCCCUACUAUUCGCAUUUACCAUCGGCUUCUAUGCCGUGCCGUUUGGAGAGACCGCCGGAUGGAACGUUUCAUUCCCCGUCCUCGGAACAGUGAAUGGGCUCUUCUUGUUAGGGAUUGUUUAUCUCUGGUUCAACGGCGAGAAGAUCCGAAUGAAGCAGGGCCCGCCACACAUGCACGAUGAUCUUUGA